ACAUACAUAUAUAUAUAUAUACAUCUAUAUAAAUAGUAAUAGAUAUAAAUAAUCGAAGACAAUCGCCUAUCAGUUGGAAAAGUGAAUCAUGGUCUACAAAUGGGUUCAAUCGUCGGCGUAUUCGUCGAUACCGCCAAAUGCCAUUGUGGGUGGCAACGAUGAGGACGGCGCCAUGAUCUAUGUGGGUCGGGCGGAGCACGAGGGCGACAUGCUCGUCUGCAAGGUGAUGCCAUCGAAGCAAAUCGGCUAUAUUUCGCAACGGGGCGAGGCUCUGCCCAAGGACAUAUUCGAAAUACUGUGCGGCGAGAAUCUGGUGUGGGUCAAGUGCUACGACCACGUGAUACCCGAGACGGCGGUGCUCUGCGGUCGCACCAGCCUCGAGCAGCCCGUGUACAUUGGCCGUGGGCAUUACGAGGGUCACCUGAUCAUCGGCAAAAUAUCCUCAGUGCAUCGCGCGCUCUUCAUAGCCUAUCGCGGGGCGGAGCGACGUUUGGAUUCGUAUGAGAUAUUGAUAGAGGAGCGAGGCGCCACACCUGGUUGGCAGCUGCCUCCACCACCGGAUGCAUUGGAGUUGGCCGAGAAGUGUCCACCGACACCGCCGCCGCCACCGCCACCAGCGGUGCUGGCUAAGCCGCCAGUGGCACGCAAGCCGUAUCCCUAUCCGCCGGACUUUGAUACGUCUGCCCUCUCUCUGCAGGACAGACCGCCACAGUAUACGCCCAUGCCGAUGCCCUCGCACAGCACAGUUCCGUAUCCAGCAGCAGCAGCACCACAACCACCGCCACCGCUAGCAGUUCCAGCCAUGGCACCACCAACGCCCAGCAUCUUGCCGGAGUAUAAGCGCCCGCUGGCUGUGCCAGUGCCCAUCCCGGCCAAGCCCUACGGCAUGCCACCUUCGUAUACUCCCGCUGCCGUCGCACCACCCAGCACCCACCAUGCGGCCACCAUUGUGCCCGCGGAGACAUAUAAGCCGCCCAUGAGCGUGGAUCCCUAUGGGCCCAGCUGCUCCAGCUACACGCCCGCCGUGUGUGCACCAGCCGCAACGACCAGCUACGAUCUGUGGAUGGCCGCCAGUCCUGGGUAUACUCCGCCAGAUGCCGUCUAUGGUGGCCACGAUACCGACAUGGCACCGCUGCUCGUCUGUCGCGCCUACUACGAUGGCUCCCAUAUACCGGGCAAAGCGGCGCCGAGCCGGGGCUGCGCCUACAUCACACAUGCCGGCCGGGAGCUGGUCGAGUCGCGCUACGAGGUGCUCAUCGGGCAGGCGAAAUACCAUUGGGUGCCCGGCUACGAUGGCAGCAUUGCGGCCGGCGCUGUGGAGGCGGGUCGCGCCUUCAAUGGCGAGCCUCUCUACAUUGGCCGCGCCCACUACUGCGGCAGCCUGACGCCGGGCAAGAUACAGCAAUCGCAUCGCUGUCUGCACAUUCCGUUCGGCGGGCAGGAGGUGCGCAUCACCAGCUACGAGAUACUCGUACGCAGCGACAUCUAUCAUCGUCAGCAGGCCAUCAAUCUGAGCUAUUGAGUUGGGGCAGGAGAAGGAG